AUGGCCACACAAGGCUUCCACCCUCCCCACCCAAAGCUAAUGGACCCCCAUCUCAGCGAACCAGUCGACAUGCUCCCAGCCGGCCAGAUGCCAACCUCGCAGAGCCGAAUCGCUCUCCCCUACACAGCCCAGUCCUACGGUACCGGCGAGAGCGAGCUUAUCUGUGGAACUCUGUUCCAGGGCAUGCCGCGGGAUUCAUUCGUCGUGCAAACCAAGUGGUUCUCAACGCCCGAUAUGAUCAACACCCUCUUGCAAUCCGGUGGACCUAAGUCCAAGCUCCGAGAUUCACUCGUUCGACUCCGGCUGGACUAUGUCGAUAUCUACCUCGUCCACGGCCCGAUUCACCCUACCAUGAUCUCAAAAGUAGCCAAGGGUUUAGCGGAUUGUGUAGAAUCUGGCUUGACGCGUGCCGUUGGUGUCGCAAAUUACAGUACCCAUGAGAUGAUCAAAAUGGCCGACGAGCUUGCGACGCACGGUAUCCCGCUCGCUGUUUGCCAAUGCGAGUACUCGGUCAUCCGUCGCUUGCCGGAGGUUAGUGGCAUGAUUCGGGAAUGCAAGAAGCGAAGUAUUUGUUUCCAGGGUUUUGCUUCUCUCGCUGAAGGUCGUCUGUCCGGCAAGUAUUCGAGGUUGAAUGAGACUCCGCAGAGACGUCGCUUCAGCAGUUAUCCAAUGCAUAUGCUGGAGCCUACUAUCGAUGUGCUCAAGAGUAUUGCUGGGGAGAGGCGUGCGCCUGUUCCGGCUGUUGCGUUAAAUUACUCUAUCAACAAAGGGGUUGUUCCUUUGGUUGGUGUUCGUGAUGCAGAGCAGGCGGAGCAGGAUAUGCAGGCGCUUGGGUGGCGGCUGACGGAGGAUGAGAUAGAGCGGAUUGAGGCCGUUAGUAUCGAGGGACAGACUUCGUCGUUGCAGCAUGGCUAG